UUUGGACCUUCCUCCUCCCCUCAAGGCGCAAGAUUCCCCGUAGCAUCAAAUGAUCAAGGAUAUCCUAGAGGCCCAGCUGGAUCACUCUCUGGUAAUGCCCCAUCUAGCGCGGUACCUAGUGUCAAUGGUCAAGGUUCUCCUUUCAGGCCAACCGGAUCUGCUAACCAAUACACACCUAGCACUAACUCUUUCGGACUUCCUAAGCCCAAUAGCGCUGCUGGCCCAGUGUCUGGCUCCAACACUCAGGGACCAUUUGGAUCUCAACGUCUCAGCUCUGCUAUGACCGAUGCUGGUUACGAAUACAACCGCCCUGGAUCGCAGGGAUCUCAGGCUGGUCCUUCUCAGGGUACCCAAGGCGGUUUUGGUCCUAUUGGACAAAACAGGCCUGGAGUUUCUGGUGUCCAACCUAGCGUCGGUUCCGUAGGUCAAAACAGGCCUGGUCAAGCCAGCCCUCAGUCUAGCUUCGGAACUUCUGGACAGGACAAACCUGGUCAGACUUUCGGAGGACCUCGCCAGCCCCCAAGCUUCAGCCCUGAAGAAGGAUACAGAUACUAAACCAAGGAUAGAUUAAUUAAUUUAUGAUAAGUAAAGAAGCAAAUAGACAAAACCGAAAAUAAAAAACUACGCAUUACGCUUAAAAUAUUUUGUACAUAUUUAUAAGAAAUGUAUAGAAUAUAAUGGAGUCACUAUGUGAUCGAAAUGUAAAUUAAAUAAAC